AUGUCAUCUCUCCCUACCAAAUCCCGCCAAUGGGUCCUCGCUAACCACCCUGAAGGCCUACCGACCUAUGGACAGUCAGACAGUGCCUUCAACCUGAAGACCGUAGACCUGCCCAGCCUACAAGAUGGUCAAAUCCUAGUCCAGACUUUAUAUCUAUCCAACGAUCCAGCUCAGCGCGGCUGGAUCAGCCCACCAUCACAAAUCGAUCCAAAACGUCUCUACGUCCCACCCGUGAAGCUCGGCGACCCUAUGCGAGCCAGAGGUCUAGCAAAGGUCCUCGCAUCAAAAGCUAACGAUUACGCCGAAGGCGACAUAAUCCAAGGCACAGUCAACUGGGUCGAGUACGCCGUCGUCGACGUCAAAGACCCCAUGGUAGGUGUACGGAAAAUCCAGGAUCUUCCUGGCGGACUGAGCAUCACGCACUACCUCGGCGCCCUGGGAUCAACAGGCCUCACAGCAUACUACGGCUUCGUCGAGGUCGUGGGCGCCAAGAAAGGCGAACGAGUCGUUGUCAGUGGUGCCGCUGGCGCCACAGGCAGCAUGGUCGUACAAAUUGCCAAACACAUCGUUGGCGCCAGCUAUGUCGUCGGCAUCGCUGGCUCAGACGAAAAAUGUCGCUGGGUCGAGAGUCUCGGCGCCGAUAAAUGCUUAAACUACAAGAGCAAGGACUUUGAGCAGGAGCUCAAGGAGGCGUGCGGUGAAGGCGUCGACGUCUAUUUCGAUAAUGUUGGCGGACAGAUUCUGGACUAUAUGCUCGCUAACAUGAGCCGGUAUGGACGGAUCGCGGCUUGCGGUGCGAUCACGGGGUACAACGGGGAGGCAGCGUUGCCGAUGAAGAAUUACUUCAAUGUCAUUAAUUACUUGGAUAGAGCGGUUGAGACUGUCGGCAAGCUUAUUGGAGCGUUGAAGGAGGGUAAGAUUAAGAUUGGGGAGGAGAACGAGACGGUUGUUGAUACGAAGUUUGAGGAUGUGCCGAAGACAUGGUUGAGGUUGUUUGAGGGGUCGAACCAAGGGAAGUUGGUUACGAAGUAUGUCUAG